AUGAAGCUGUCGCUUGCCAAGACCGAAGACCGUGCUCCUUCGUAUGAUGAGGAGUCCAACAUCUUCCAGCCCCUCGCCCUUCAGAUUGUCACUCCCGAGGGUACGACCAUCACCAUGCAGGUGACCACCGGCGACACCAUUUCCAUCAUCAAGAAGAGGCUGGAGGUAGAGCACAGCAUUGCGUACAAAGAAACCGUGCUCACGCUCAACGACAAGGUGAUGAUCGAGCCCCUUUCCCUGAACGACUUUGCCGACCUGCCCGCCGUUGAUCCCGUCAUUGUCUGCAAGGUACUCGACAAACCCUGA